AUGGCAGAAGACAUCAAGACUAAAAUCGAGAACUACAAGACUGCUCCUUUCGACAGCCGUUUCCCCAACCAGAACCAGACCAGGAACUGCUGGCAGAACUACCUGGACUUCCACCGCUGAUAGAAGGCAAUGACCGCUAAAGUGGGUGACGUCUCUGUGUGCGAAUGGUACUGGCGUGUGUACAAGUCCCUCUGCCCCAUAUCCUGGGUUUCAACCUUGGAUGACCGCCAGGCAGAAGGCACAUUUCCUGGGAAGAUUGGAACUGGCUUCACCCACCUCUCCUCUGCCCUCCGUCCUUGUCUCAGGUGGCAAAAUGGGACCUGGGUACAUGGUUAUCCACCCAUGUACCACCCUGGGACCUUGAAUCAUGACUUUAAUAAUAGAAGUUCAUUGGAAAAAAAAAGUAAAUGA